GAGCCGAGAAGGAGGAGAGAAGAAGUACAGAGAGGAGAGAGGGAGAGCGGAGAGGAGAGGAGAGAGAGAGAGGGGCUCGGAGCUCUGAUAUUCUGCUCACUUUCGGAAACCCAGACAGAGCAACUCCCCAGCGGGUAUCCUGACAGAGCCGAACUUUGACGAUAGCGCAGGACUGACGGAGGCUCCGGGAUUCAGCACCUCGGACAGCGACGCGCCCGCUCAGCCGGGGGGAGAGCGCACGGAGCCCGGGCGACCAUCCGCUCCCUUCCCCGUCAGGAUAUGCUGCUCUCCCGCCACCGCUCCCCGCUGGGUCGCAAUGGACUUUAGUUUGUCUGUUGCAUAAUAAGAGCAGAGAAAUGUCCUUGACAACCGUCUGCACACCGCUGAAUUCAGCAUGACGGCUGCGCAGGAGACCGAGCUCGAUGGCGAAACUUCCACCUGACUGAACCUGCGUCCAGAGUUGAAGCGUCUUUGCCAGAACACAAGCUCGUAGAGUUCUUCGCACUACCAUGGGGAUAAGGCACCUUCUGCUGCUGCUCAUAUACCUGGACCCGCUGAGCGUGCUGAGCGCCGCGACGGGCGGCAAAAAACCCAAGCAGGCGUCCAGGAAGGCUCCCAAAGCCACCGCGGUCCCCACGGUCGUCCCGCCGCAGAAGACCCCGCAGCCGGCGCCCGCCAGCACGCACGACACCUGCCUGGGCUACUACGACGUGAGCGGGCAGUAUGACAAGAUGUUCGAGUGCAACAACACGGACCACCGGUACUGCUGCGGGACGUGCUACCUGCGCUUCUGCUGCGAGUACAAGAAGGACCGGCUGGAUCAGAAAGCCUGCAAGAACUACCACACGCCGGUGUGGGUGCAGACGGCCGCCCCGUCCCCCAUCCCGACCGGGGAAACGUACGAUCCGAGCAUGGAUCAGACCAACACGGCGGUCUACAUCACCUGUGGGAUCAUAGCCUUCAUCAUAGUGCUGGGGGUGUCGGUCAAAGUUGCCUAUGACAAAGCCACGGAGCCGCCGCAGGAGAUGAACAUACACAGGGCCCUUGCAGACAUCCUGAGGCAGCAGGGGCCCAUCCCUAUAUCGCAAUAUGACUGUGAGAAUUUCGCAGCGAUGAACGGCUCACCCAAAGACAACACACCAGUCAGAACCUCAUCCAAGAACCACUACACCCCUGUUCACACCUCCAAAUCCAACCACGGUCUCCACUAUGGGAAGGAGAGCGUGCGGAGCAGCGGAGGAGCCGACCUUCACAACUUCAUCUCCUCUGGCUUUGUGACUCUGGGUCGAGGCCAUCAGAAAGGAGAAAAACAUUGGCCGGUCCGCUCCCAGAGUCACCAUGGUACCCAUCAGCACAACUAUAACCAUGUGGCUCUAGGUAGCCCCACACGCACACCUAAGAAUGCUCACCGAUCAUUGAGACGUGAAAACAAUCGGAUAAGCGGCAUCCUGACGUCGCAGACGGAGCCCUACGACCUGUCUUUCUCACGCUCCUUCCAGAGCCUGUCUCACCUGCCGCCCUCCUACGAGGCGGCCGUCAAGGCCGACCUCAGCCGCUUCUCGUCUCUGAAGAAACUCACAGAUAAAGACGUCGACGAAUACUACACUCGUAAGCGCCACCUGCCCGACCUCGCAGCGAGAGGCACUCUUCCCCUGCAUGUUCUCAAAAUGAGUCAGGACCAGCACCGGGACCAGCCGCAGCAGCACCAGAGCCAGGCGCCGUCGUCCUCCAUCUCCCAGGCCCCGCCCCAGUCGCAGUCGUCACAGCAGCAGUCUCAGCAAAGGCAGAGGCCACGCCGCGUCCAGAGGGCCAUGUCCCAGGACCGGGUCCUGUCCCCGCAGAGGGUCCCGCAGCAGGAGUACAGCAUGUCCUCUAACGGCAUGUCCCCGUACGGCGGCAGGAUCCUCUCCGAUGAACAGCUGCUGUCCGCCGAGCGCCUCCGGUCCCAGGAGCGCCUGCUUCCACAGGACCGCCACACCUCCCAGGACCGCUUGUACUCCAAGGACCGCAUGUACUCUAAGGACCGCCUCCUGUCGCAGGAUCACCUCUACUCAAAAGACCGCCACUACUCUCAAGACCGCCUCUAUUCACAAGAGCGCCUGUACUCACAAGAUCGCCUCCUGUCCCAGGAUCCUCUGCUCUCGCCGGACAAGCUGAUGAUGUCAUUGAAGCGCGGGAUGGUCAGCAGCAUCUCUGGUGGGUUUCGUGGCAGCGACAAGUCGAUAUCGCGCGCCAUCUCACACACAGACGUGUUCAUACCGACCACGCCUCUAAUGGAUCGUUACAAGAUGACCAAAAUGCACUCCCAUCCCAGUGCCUCUAACAAUGGCGGCGGAGGCGGGGCACAGGGAGGAGGAGGAGGAGGAGGAGGAGCAGGAGGAGGAGGAGGAGGCACCGGGCACUCCAACACUUUAGCCAUGAACCAGACAGCAUCUAAGAGGCAGGCGUUUGCCUCCAGACGGACUCACACUGUAGAACAGCUCCACUACAUCCCACAGCACCACCAGCAGCAACAACAGCCACAGCACUACCGCACAGGCAGCAAGACUGAGGUGACUGUGUAACGGCGGCCGGGGGGAGGGGGAGGGGAGGAGCACUGUAGUGUGCCGUGCACGUGGGUAUGCUGGCGUUGUUUUAGAGUAGGAUGGUGGUGAGAUCCCAGGACCAAGAACAUCCACUAGCUUACUGAGAGAGACCGGAAACACAAUCCACACUGUACACCGCAUACACCCGCCGCCCAGCUGCACCUGACGCCGGAGAGCGCCGCCGAUGGGGGAGGAGUGGUAUUAUCCAGCUAACUUGCCUACUAUUAAUUCCACUGUCUCGGUUCUCCCAAUCAUCCACAGGCCGCGGCCUCAUUCUGUGUCUGUGUUAGUGAGAAAACACCGAUCGUGUCUGUUGAAGCCUCCAUCAGCCCCCGACAUCCGUCCAACAGCACAUCUCCUCUGUGACCUUUCCUGGCAAAUCUUAAAGGGCUUUGCAUGGUUAAACACAAAGACCGACUCCUCCGUGACUUCUGUUGUGCAACACAACGCCACCAACAAGCGAUGAACCAGGAUGAGCCUGUAACAACUUUAUAAAUAUAUAAAUAAAUGAAUAAAAACCAACCAUUUGUAUACCCCCGUCCUACUCAUACUCUGAUCUCAAUGAGAGAAACUGAAAUGGAUGUUAUCAGCACUUCUAUUCGGUGCCUCCUUCCAUUUCUGAAGACGAAGUGGUUUUGUGGGUUACAAAGCACAAUCAAUAAAAAGAUAUUCUGUUCUGUUUUUGAUUCUGUUUCUGAGUUUGAAUAGUGACGGCUAGCUUGUUUUGUUCUUAAAGCAACGAUGGGUUUUUUUGCUUCCAGUAGACGAUUGUAAAUAAGCUAUUUUAGAAGCAGUACCAUGGACAAGUCUGCACUGGAUGGACUUUGUAUUAGACUGUCUGUUUUCAAUAGAUUCUUAAAAAAAAAAAACAACUAUAAAUCAUCACUGUUUCGUGAGUUCAGAAUAGAAACCCACUUAACCAAGUAUUUGACAGGAUAAAUUAAUACUAUACUGUGUGUGUCUUUGAAAACUGUUUGUACGAACCAAAAAGUGAAUGAAUGUGUCGUUGAUAACAGAUAUACCACUGUUCAUAUUUGGAUGUAGACUGUGUUCCAUCGACAUCAGAGGAGUCGAGCAUCAUGGAAAUGGAUUAUAAUUCUUGUCAAAGUAGGGUCAAAUAAACCAUCCAUAUUUUUCUAAACAGUCAAGA